CAGCGCUGUUGCCGCCGCCGCCGCCGCCGCUGCUGUCGCGUCCCUGCAGCUUCGGAGAAGAUGCCGGCCCGAACCGCCCCGGCCCGAGUGCCCGCCUUGGCCACCCCGGCCAUCUCACUCCCCGAAGAUGUCCGUAGGCGGCUCAAAGACUUGGAAAGAGACAGCUUAACAGAAAAGGAGUGCGUGAAGGAGAAAUUGAGUCUCUUGCACGAAUUUCUGCAAACCGAAAUAAAGAAUCAGCUGUGUGAUUUGGAAACCAAAUUGCAUAAGGAAGAAUUAUCUGAGGAGGGCUACCUGGCUAAAGUCAAAUCCCUUUUAAAUAAAGAUUUGUCCUUGGAGAACGGAGCUCACACAUUCAGUCGACAAACGAAUGGCUAUCUAGAAAAUCGGAAUCGAGAAGGCCGGAGAAGGGGAAUGACUGAGCCAAAUACGCCCCCAACUCCCACUUCUAAAGCUCGGACACCCCGUAGAAGCAAGACCGAUUUGGAGACGAAGCCGGAAACCCCAUCCAGCUCCGUGGUUACAAGGAGGACUACCAGGCAGACCUCGAUCACAUCUCAUUUCUCAAAGGCCCCCACCAAGCGGAAACCCCUGGAGGAAUCUGAAAGUCUGAAAUCAGAACCCGAGUCAAUGGAAGAAGAGGAACACGAUCAGGAGGAGAAGAGGCGUAGAGUUACAUCCGUGGAAUCAGGCGCUGAGAGUGCUGCAGCAGAAGCGGAGACUGUUCCAGAAGCCGCCGGGGACCCGGAGAUGAGCAUCAAAGAGGAAAGCCUUGAAAGUCCUGUCCAACAGCUAACGCCUAAAUUGGAGGAGCCAGACCGAGAAGCGAGUCCAGGAACAGACGCACAGAUGGAGGAAGAUGACCCGGAUGUCAAGGAUGAAAAGAAGCCUAAGAGUCAACUCAGGGACGUGACUCCCAAACGGAAAACGAGACCGGAAAAGCGACCAACUCCACACACAUCUGCAUCAAGAGCCACCCGUGAGAGUGAUGAGAAAAGAAGCAAAACCAAAGAAAUAACUGAGAAAAAAGAGACCGGGACCAAAGCGAUGCUGAACCUCAAGCCACAGGAGCCCAGGUGUUCGGAGUGUGGGCAGUACCUGGACGACCUGGACCUCAAGUAUGAGCAGCACCCCCACGAUGCCCUGGAGGAGCCCCAGAUGUUGACCAACGAGAAACUCUCCAUCUUCGAUGACACCAACGAAUCGGGCUUCGAGAGUUAUGAGGCUUUACCCCAGCACAAGCUGACGGGCUUCAGUGUGUAUUGCAAGCGCGGCCACCUGUGUCCCAUCGACACCGGCCUGAUCGAGAAGAACGUGGAGCUCUUCUUUUCUGGGUCGGCCAAAGCCAUCUAUGAGGACAACCCAUCUCUUGAAGGUGGCGUGAACGGCAAACACCUGGGUCCCAUCAACGAGUGGUGGAUCACAGGCUUUGACGGCGGGGAGAAAGUGCUCAUGGGCUUCAGCACCGCGUUUGCUGAAUACAUCCUCAUGGACCCCAGCCCAGAGUACGCCCCCAUAUUUGGGCAGAUGCAGGAGAAGGUGUACAUCAGCAAGAUAGUGGUGGAAUUCCUCCUGGGGAACCCUGACGCCACGUAUGAAGACCUCAUCAACAAGAUUGAGACCACAGUGCCUCCUUCCGGCCUGAACCUGAACCACUUCACGGAGGACUCGCUCCUGCGCCACGCGCAGUUCGUGGUGGGACAGGUGGAGAGCUACGACAGGGCCAAGGACACGGACGAGGAGCCCAUCUACCUGAGCCCCUGCAUGAGGGCCCUCAUCAAGCUGUGCGGCGUGACGCUGGGGCAGAGACGAGCCGUGAGCAGCCGCUCCAUGAAACCCCCUGCCAAGGACAAAGACAAGGGCCCCACGAAGGCCACCACCACCAAGCUGGUCUACCAGAUCUUCGACACCUUCUUUGCCGAACAGAUCGAGAAGGAUGAGAGGGCCGACCGGGAGGACAAGGAGAAUAAUUCCAAACGCCGCCGCUGUGGUGUCUGCGAGGUGUGCCAGCAGCCCGAGUGUGGCGUGUGCAGGGCGUGCAUGGACAUGGUCAAGUUUGGCGGGAGUGGGCGGAGCAAGCAGGCGUGCGUGCAGCGCAGGUGUCCCAACCUGGCCAUGAAGGAGGCCGAGGAAGAUGAGGAGGUGGACGACAACAUCCCGGAAAUGCCCUCGCCCAAGAAGAUGCACCAGGCCAAGAAGAAGAAGCAGAACAAGGCGCGGAUCUCCUGGGUUGGUCCAGCCAUCAAGGCUGAAGGGAAGAAGACUUUCUACCAGAAGGUGUGCAUCGACGAGGAGACCCUGGAGGUGGGCGACUGCGUCUCCGUCAUCCCUGAUGACUCCUCCAAGCCGCUCUACCUCGCGAGGGCCACGGCGCUGUGGGAGGACGGCAGCGGGAAGAUGUUCCACGCACACUGGUUCUGCGCGGGGUCGGACACGGUCCUGGGCGCCACGUCGGACCCGCGGGAGCUGUUCCUCGUGGACGAGUGCGAGGACAUGCAGCUGUCGUACGUGCACAGCAAGGUCACGGUGAUCCACAAGCCGCCGUCGCCCAACUGGGCCAUGGAGGGAGGCCUGGAGCCCGAGGACAUGCUACUGGGCGAAGUCAAUGAUGGCAAGACCUACUUCUACCAGCUGUGGUACGACCAGGACUACGCCAGGUUUGAGUCCCCGCCCAAGAUGCAGCCCACCGAGGAAAACAAGCACAAGUUCUGCGUGAGCUGUGCCCGGCUGGCGGAGAUGAGACAGAAGGAGAUUCCCAGGGUCUUGGAGCAGGUGGACGAGCUGGACAACCGGUUCUUCUACAGCUCGGCCACCAAGAAUGGCGUUGUGUACCGCGUGGGCGACGGGGUGUACCUGCCCCCCGAGGCCUUCGCAUUCAACAUCAAGCUGUCCAGCCCUGUGAAGCGCCCGAAGAAGGAGCCUGUGAACGAGCACCUGUAUCCCGAGCACUACCGGAAGUACUCGGACUACAUUAAAGGGAGCAACCUGGACGCCCCCGAGCCCUACCGCAUUGGCCGCAUCAAGGAGAUUUUCUGCACCAAGAAGAGCAACGGCAAGCCCAACGAAGCAGACAUCAAGAUCCGCGUCAACAAGUUCUACAGGCCGGAGAACACGCACAAGGCCACGCCCGCCAGCUACCACGCAGACAUCAACAUGCUGUACUGGAGCGACGAGGAGGCGGUGGUGGACUUCAAGGCGGCGCAGGGCCGCUGCACGGUGGAGUACGGGGAGGACCUGCCCGAGUGCGUGCAGGAGUACUCGGCCCGCGGCCCCGACCGCUUCUACUUCAUUGAGGCCUACAAUGCAAAGAGCAAAAGCUUCGAAGACCCCCCAAACCAUGCCCGCAGCCCCGGGAAUAAAGGGAAAGGAAAAGGCAAAGGGAAAAGCAAGGCGAAGGCGGCGCCGGCGCCGGAGCCCAGCGAGCCGGAGGCCGGGAGGCUGCCCAAGCUGCGCACCCUCGACGUGUUCUCGGGCUGCGGGGGCUUGUCCGAGGGAUUCCACCAGGCCGGCAUCUCGGAGACGCUGUGGGCCAUCGAGAUGUGGGAGCCGGCGGCGCAGGCGUUCCGCCUGAACAACCCCGCGUCCACCGUGUUCACCGAGGACUGCAACGUGCUGCUGAAGCUGGUCAUGGCCGGGGAGGUGGCCAACGCCCUGGGCCAGCGGCUCCCCCAGAAGGGCGACGUGGAGAUGCUGUGCGGCGGGCCGCCCUGCCAGGGCUUCAGCGGCAUGAACCGCUUCAACUCCCGCACCUACUCCAAGUUCAAGAACUCGCUGGUGGUCUCCUUCCUCAGCUACUGUGACUACUACCGUCCCCGCUUCUUCCUCCUGGAGAACGUGCGCAACUUCGUGUCCUUCAAACGCUCCAUGGUGCUGAAGCUCACGCUGCGCUGCCUGGUCCGCAUGGGCUACCAGUGCACUUUUGGGGUGCUGCAGGCGGGGCAGUACGGCGUGGCCCAGACGCGCAGGCGCGCUAUCAUCCUGGCGGCGGCCCCCGGGGAGCAGCUGCCCCUGUUCCCCGAGCCCCUGCACGUGUUCGCGCCCCGGGCCUGCCAGUUGAGCGUCGUGGUGGACGACAAGAAGUUUGUCAGCAACAUCACGAGGUUGAGCUCCGGCCCCUACCGCACCAUCACCGUGCGGGACACCAUGUCCGACCUCCCCGAGAUCCAGAACGGCGCGUCGGCCUCCGAGAUCUCCUACAACGGGGAGCCCCAGUCCUGGUUCCAGCGGCAGCUCCGGGGCUCCCACUACCAGCCCAUCCUCAGAGACCACAUCUGCAAGGACAUGAGCCCCCUGGUGGCCGCGCGCAUGCGCCACAUCCCGCUGGCGCCCGGCUCGGACUGGCGGGACCUGCCCAACAUCGAGGUGCGGCUGUCGGACAACACCAUCACCAAGAAGCUGCGCUACAACUACCACGACCGCAAGCACGGCCGCAGCCGCUCGGGGGCGCUGCGGGGCGUGUGCUCCUGCGUGCAGGCCGGCACCCCCUGCGACCCGCUGGCGCGGCAGUUCAACACGCUCAUCCCCUGGUGCCUGCCGCACACCGGGAACCGCCACAACCACUGGGCCGGGCUGUACGGGCGGCUGGAGUGGGACGGCUUCUUCAGCACCACCGUCACCAACCCCGAGCCCAUGGGCAAGCAGGGCCGCGUGCUGCACCCCGAGCAGCACCGCGUGGUCAGCGUGCGGGAGUGCGCGCGCUCCCAAGGCUUCCCCGACACCUACCGGCUGUUCGGCAACAUCCUGGACCGGCACCGCCAGGUGGGGAACGCGGUCCCGCCGCCCCUGGCCAAAGCCAUCGGCCUGGAGAUCAAGCAGUGCUUGUUGGCCAAGGCUCGAGAGAGCGCCUCAGCGCAAGUGAAAGAGGAAGAGGAGGAGAAAGCCACCCAGGGCUAGGCCGCCCGGCCGCGUGCCCGUCCUGCCGCCAGGAGCCCGCGCCCGCUGCCGGUGUUGUGCUUUUGACAUGUCUGUGUCAGUUGGAUGGUGUCCACGCGGCGCCCUGGGCGCCCUGGCGGAGCUGAGUUCUUCCUGUGACUUUCUUUCCCUUCGUUUUUGUUUUUUUGUUUUUUUUUUUUUGCUUCUCCACGACUUAGCAAAGCAGUGAUCACCCUCUCAAUUUUAAAAAAAGGAACUUUUUUACAAUGGCAUUAUAUCCAAGCGACCACUUCCCGGGUGGAAAUCAAGACUUUAUGUAGUUUUUGUAUGUUGUAAUAUUUCUUCAAAUAAAUCUCCGAUAAAGCAUCGAAA